AUGAUUGAAGACAAAGAGAAGAACUCGGAGCAUGCGGAAGAUGUCUCCGCGGUGCCGAAUCUCAAGAUGCGCGACGGCAUCAUCCUGAUGCCGCAGCCGUCCGAUGACCCUAAUGACCCACUAAACUGGUCCUUGUUCCGCAAGCGUGCCGCCAUGUUCACCAUCUCGUACCUGGCCCUCGUUUGCUACGUCGCCGUUACCACCUUAGUUACAGGGACUGUGCCCCUGGCCAAGUCACUACACGUAUCCAAGUCAACAGCUGUUUACCUGGGCAACACGCCCGUUGCCCUGUAUGGCGUGGCUCCGUGGCUCUGGAGUCCGCUCAGUCAUUUUGUAGGGCGUCGAUCUGUGCUGCUCAUGUGCAAUAUUAUCGCCAUGGUUGGGGCUGCUGUCGUUGCGACGUCCAAAACGUACUCGGCUUGUAUUGUCGGCCGGGUCAUUCUCGGCGCUGGUGGUUCAGCGUUCUGGACACUGGGGCCUGCGAGUAUCGGGGAUAUGUUCUUCCGCCAUGAGAAAGGGAAGAAUAUAGGCAUAUCCACAUUGGCUAUUGUAGUCUCCCCGUUCCUUGGGACAAUUAUUGGCGGACCCAUCAUAGAGAACAACAAGCUAGGCUGGCCGGCGUCACAAUGGAUACCCCUGAUCUUUAUGGGAGCAGGCCUCAUAAUGCAGAUAUUCUUUCUCCCGGAGACCAUCUAUAUUCGUGAGGCACAUCCUAAUUCCGCUUCUAUAACUGCUCGGGACCCACCAUUUGUGCCCAAACCUGGCGAAUCAACACUCUGGGCCCGCUACGGCAUCCAUAUCCCCAGGCGCCGGGAGAAGCAGCAUAGCUUCCUUUUCAUUGCCACGCGUCCCUUUGUGCUCUUCAAGUUCCCAGCGGUAUUACUAUCGGCGUUCUGGUUCGGUGUUACCUACAUGAUGCACGUGGGUAUCACUGCCGAGAUCCCACUCGUAUUUGAGGAGCAGUAUAACUUCGCUGUGCUCGACGUCGGUCUUACUGGAUUCUCUGGCUUAAUUGGUGCGCUAAUCGGUGAGGCGUAUGCUGGUCCCUCACUUGAUGUCAUUGCGAAGCGUACGAUGAAGCAUGGUCAGGAAUGGCGACCCGAGUACCGCCUCCAAGCCGUCUGGCCAGCACUAGUCGCGGUACCAGCUGGUCUAAUCAUGUUUGGAACAUCGAUCCAAUUCGGACAUGCUUGGAUCACGCCUCUGGUCGGCCAAGAGGAAACCCCUAGUCAAACGUAUAUCCUGGAAUGCUACCCUCGCCAGGGAGCAGAGGCGAACUUGGUAUUCAAUCUGAUUCGCAACAUCUUCUCCUACACGGCUCCGUUUUUUGUGCAGCCGAUGACCGCCCGGCUCGGAAUUACCUCUCCUUUUGCUCUGUUCGCUGCUUUGACCAUCUUCUUCUUCCCAUUUACUGUGGGCGUUCUCAUGUGGCGAGGCAAACAGAUCCGGGAUAAGGGCGGUGACCCCGGAUGGAGUAGAGAUUGA